UGCUAAGUCCAUUGCUUUAUUUUCCUAACAAGGCUUGGUUAAGAUUUGGCCUGUUCUACUCCUCCCCCGAUAGAAAAGUGUCCUUCCAUUGAAGCUAAACCAAUAGUUAGGGAGUUAGUUCUAAAUUAAAUAAAAAAUGGAAGAUUCAUUCCUUUCAUGCACGAGCACCUACCCCUUCUUUAAAGAGCAGAAGAAAAGCUAAUAUCAUAGGGAAUUGCAUGUUUUCUUCUCCGAAGCUGAACAUCUAAGUCCAGUCUCUUGAUCUCUUCCAGAGGUCAGGACUUAUCUACUCCCUCCUAUUUCUAUUUUAGUCUCUUGUUUCAUUGGAGAUUGAUAUAUCUCAACCCACUCGUUCAACCUGAGACCUGUACAACCCGACAAUGUUUAAGUUUUUGAGUCCUAAUCCGACCAAAUCUGAUUGAUGUGCAACCCUAAUGAAAACCAUGUAACUCAAAUAUAUUUUUUUUUCUAGUUGCACCUACUGAAAAUUAAAUCAGAUAUUAUUUUUUUUUUCUUAGAAAUAUUUAAAUUAACUUCCCUUGUUGGAUUCCUACCAAUUCUUUGUUUUAGGUGUAUUAGGUAAGGCAGCGUGAGUUAGAUACUACGAUAGAUGGAAGAUGAAGAGAGCGUACAAGCUGCACGGCACGCUGAUCAAAAGCGGGCAGCACCAAAACCCUCUCUCCCUCCGAAAAUUCAUUCUUGGCUGCGUGGACUCAGCAUAUUCAUCACCGGAAACAGCACAUUACGCAGCCAGCGUGCUCCUCCGUUUCCCCAUCCGAGACCCCUUCCUCAACAACACCAUCAUUCGCCACGUGGCACUCCACUCUCCCUCCCUCGCUUUCUCCCUCUUCACCCACAUGCACCGCACCCCUAUUACCUUCGACCACUUCACCUUUCCCCUUAUUCUUAAACUCCCCAAACUCGACCCUCAUCACAUUCACUCCCUCAUUCUCAAACUCGGCUUCGAUUCCGACAUUUACGUCCAAAACGCUCUCAUUAAUGCCUAUGGUUCCCGUGGCUCCCUCCACGUCGCACUCAACAUGUUUGAUGAAAUGCCUCACAGGGACUUGGUUUCUUGGUCCUCUUUGAUCUCCUGUUUCGCCAAAAACGGGUUCUCCCAUGAAGCCCUUUCUCUUUUCCAACAAAUGCAGCUACGUGAGAGUGCAAUUUUACCCGAUGGGGUUGUUAUGCUUGGUGUUAUUUCAGCGGUUUCGAGCUUAGGUGCCUUGGAAUUGGGCAUAUGGGUUCAUGCUUUUAUUUCAAGGGCCCGCCUUGGCCUUACUGUUCCACUGGGUACUGCGCUUAUUGAUAUGUAUUCUAGGUGUGGGUCCAUUGAUCGUUCUGUUAAAGUGUUCGAUGAAAUGCCUCAUAGGAAUGUGGUUACUUGGACUGUGUUGAUUAAUGGGCUUGCCGUGCAUGGACGUAGCAGGGAAGCUUUAAAAAUGUUUUAUGGUAUGGGGGAGUCUGGUUUGGAGCCUGAUCGCUUUGCGUUUAUGGGUGCAUUGGUGGCCUGUAGCCAUGGUGGCCUUGUGGACGAGGGGUGGCGGGUUUUUAAGAGCAUGUGGAAUGAGCAUGGCAUUGAACCAACGCUUGAGCAUUAUGGUUGUAUGGUUGAUCUUCUUGGUCGUGCUGGCUUGCUCCUUGAUGCUUUCAAGUUUGUGGAGGAAAUGCCUGUUAGGCCAAAUUCUAUUAUUUGGAGGACCUUGCUUGGGGCGUGUGUGAAUCACAAUCAUCUUGUGUUGGCUGAGAAGGCUAAGAAGCGGAUCAAUGAGAUGGACCCUCAUCAUGAUGGUGAUUAUGUGCUUUUAGCAAAUGCCUAUGGUAGAGUUGGUAACUGGGUUGAGAAGGAGAGUGUGAGAAAUUCAAUGAGAGUGAAUAGAAUUGUCAAGGAGCCUGGCCUUAGUCUGGUGCACAUUGGUCAAGUGGUUAAUGAAUUUGUAUCCGGUGAUAAUUCUCAUCCACAGUGGGAGGAGGUUACCAAAUUUUUAAUAUCGGUUAUAGACACUGUAAAACUUAGAGGGUACACCCCUAAUACAUCCAAUGUGUUGCAUGACAUUGAAGAUGAAGAGAAAGAACAUUGUCUGGGUUAUCACAGUGAAAAAUUGGCAGUGGCUUAUGUGCUUCUUUAUCACAAGGAUAGAAGGACCAUUAGGGUCGUUAAGAAUCUUAGAAUUUGUCAUGAUUGUCAUAAUUUCAUGAAGCAUGUUUCAGGUAUCUUUGAUAGAGAUGUUAUUAUUCGAGAUCGAAAUCGGUUCCAUCAUUUCAGCAAGGGAUCAUGUUCUUGCCGAGAUUUUUGGUAAAUCGUGCUGGUUCAAAUGUGAAAAAUAAUUUCUUAACAUUUACUUAUCUGAAUCCAUGAGAAUAACUU